AGGCUGGCUUGACCGCCGGUUUGGAAUCGCAAGUGCUCUGGCUGCCAGUGCAUUAAGGUCACACCCAUUGUGCGGCUUUUUUAUGGCAAGAGCUGCUAAUAGUCCAGGUGAGAUGGUUCGUAAAGUCACGUUAAUACACUGUAGAAGACAUGUUCAUAGCUCGUUUAUUAUGGUUCUCUGGUGUAACAUGUCUCACUCUCUAUGAGACUGUGAUCAUGUUAGCUGUAGUUAACUUUAUAGUAACACCUGUUUCAGUUGCUAGUUCAUUACUAAAUACUGUUUUUGCACAGAGAACAGUCUUGCUCAGUGAUAUAAAGCCUCCCCUUUUGCCACACGAUUUCAUUUCAUUUGUGGUGAUUGGUUUGAUUAGAAAUAUUUUUAUUUUAAAUUACAGUAACACUACCACCAAGUGUGUACAAAGAAGGCUCACCCAGCUACACUCUUUCCCAGAUUGUGUGUGAAAUCAUGACGUGACAUGACAACGUGAUGCCCUAUUUCAACACUGUUAUAAAAUUAAUUAAGAUGUGUUUAGUUUCUGCAUUUAACGAACGCAAGAAACGAAGUUUGAUUCAGCAGUGCAACUAUAUUGUGGUCUCUAGUUCCACCUUGUGGAUUAGUAUAAAUACUUAAUUCAUGGAGACUUAUGGACCAGUCAAAUACGAUGAAGAAGGCUGCCAAAGAAAAGGAACAUGGGCUUAAUGAUAUCCAGAAGAAACCGGAUUUGAAGUUAAAUUAAAUUAGAAAUUAGAUAACUAUUUUCCAUUUGCAAUUUUUUUUUUGUUCUAAACACAUGCGGUUGGUGAAAUGUAUGCACUUUUGUUGAGUUGAAAUGAGAAGAUGGUCCCCCAUGUGUCAGCUGUUUUCUCCCUGUUAUUUGUUUCUUGUGGUUCUUGUUUGUCUUGUCUGUCUGUGUUCUGGGUGUGGCUGCCAAUCAACUACAGCUGCCAAUCUGCCUGCUCACCUGAGAUGCAGCCACUUAUCAUCUCCAGCAGUACAAAUACCCAAAUAUCUGCAGUCUACUCUCUGCCAGAUCGUCGCCUGUGGGCCAAUUGUCUCGCUUUUGGGUCUCUCCAUGCACUGUGCAACAAAGAUAAGUGAGGACACACCUGCCUGCAUCACAGCAGCAGACAUGAAGAAAUCAAUCAAAUUUACAACUACAUCAGCUGAGGCUGAAAGAGAUGUUGAGAGUGGAGAUGAGAAGAGGAAUAGAAAAGCACAAAGUGUUGGAUACUUUCAGCUGUUUCGAUUUGCCACCUGGAAAGACACCGUGAUGAUGGUGACGGGGGGUUUGUGUGCUCUCGUACACGGUGCAGCGUCGCCGCUCAUGCUUCUCGUGUACGGCAUGAUGACAGACACAUUUGUGGCUUAUGAGCGUGAAGUCCAAGAGUUGAAAGAUCCCAACAAGGAAUGCAACAACAACACCAUCUAUUGGAUGAAUGGCUCCAUAUAUGAAACAGAUGAAAAUAAUACUGUGUACUGUGGGGUGGACAUUCAAGCUCAGAUGACCAUGUUUGCGUAUUACUAUGUUGGAAUUGGAUUAGGAGUUCUGCUUGUUAGUUAUUUUCAGAUUUUCUUUUGGGUGUCAGUGGCUGCAAGACAAAUCCAGAGAAUAAGAAAGACUUAUUUCAGAAAGGUAAUGCAAAUGGAGAUCGGGUGGUUUGACUGCAACUCUGUUGGUGAACUGAACACGAGGAUAUCAGAUGACAUCAACAAGAUCAACAAUGCCAUCGCUGACCAGGUGUCCAUCUUCAUUGAGAGGAUCUCUACAUUCGUGUUUGGCUUCAUGGUUGGCUUCAUUGGUGGAUGGAAGCUGACUUUGGUGGUCAUAGCAGUGAGCCCACUUAUUGGAUUAGCUGCUGGACUUAUGGCCGUGGCUGUGGCCAGGCUGACUGGACGAGAGCUAAAGGCCUACGCGAAGGCAGGAGCAGUGGCUGACGAGGUCCUAUCAUCCAUCAGAACCGUGGCAGCGUUUGGUGGGGAGGAAAAAGAAACUGAAAGAUAUGACAGAAACCUUGCUGAAGCUCAGAGCUGGGGUGUGAAAAAGGGCACAAUCAUUGGCGUUUUCCAAGGAUACCUGUGGUGCAUAAUAUUCUUUUGUUACGCUUUGGCCUUUUGGUAUGGAUCUAAGUUGGUCAUCGACACCCAGGAGAUGUCUCCCGGUAGUCUUAUUCAAGUAUUCUUUGGAGUACUCAUGGCAGCUAUGAACCUGGGCCAGGCCUCACCCUGCCUGGAGGCCUUCGCUUCUGGCCGCGCUGCAGCAAAGACCAUUUUUGACACAAUCGACCGGGAGCCAGAAAUUAAUUGUUUCUCAGAAGAAGGUGACAAAUUAGACGUAGUAAAAGGUGACAUUGAGUUCCAUAAUGUCACUUUCUUCUACCCGUCCCGGCCUGAAGUCAUGAUUUUAAAUGACCUGAGCAUGCAGGUCAAAGCAGGAGAAACGACUGCUUUCGUGGGACCGAGCGGAUCUGGAAAGAGUACCACAAUCCAGCUCAUCCAAAGGUUUUAUGACCCAGAGGAAGGAAUGGUGACUUUAGACGGCCGUGAUAUUCGCACUUUAAACAUCCAAUGGCUCCGAUCGCUCAUUGGUAUUGUAGAACAGGAGCCGGUGCUGUUUGCUACAACCAUUGCAGAAAACAUACGGUUUGGUCGACCCGGAGUUACCAUGGAAGACCUCAUUCAGGCGACAAAAGAUGCCAACGCUUAUAAUUUUAUCAUGGAUCUGCCCCAAAAAUUUGAUACUCUGGUGGGGGAAGGUGGAGGGCAGAUGAGCGGAGGACAGAAGCAGAGGAUUGCAAUUGCUCGGGCUCUGAUCCGAAACCCCAGGAUCCUGCUGCUGGAUAUGGCAACAUCUGCCUUAGACAAUGAGAGCGAGGCUGUCGUCCAGGAGGCCCUGGAUAAGGUUCGCAUGGGCAGGACGACAAUUUCCAUAGCUCACCGUCUUUCCACAAUUCGAAAUGCAGAUGUCAUCAUCGGUUUUGAGCAUGGACAGGCUGUGGAGAAGGGAACACACAGCGAACUAAUAGAAAGACAAGGCGUCUACUUCACCCUGGUCACCCUGCAGAAUCAAGGCACAUCUUCUGAAGCAGUUGACAACGUGAUCAGUGAAGCUAUUGACGACUUUGAUUUUAAAGUGAGGAGUUUUAGCUGCAGAUCCAGUAAAAGGAGCUCUGUUCGACUAAGAUCUCAGAGCAAAUUAUCAAGUGGUUUUGUCCCUGACACAUCAGAGGGCUUGGAGAUCACAUUGAAAGAUCAGACAUGUGGGGAUGAUCCAGACGAUCAUGUAGAGCCUGCCCCAUUUGCACGUAUCCUCAAGUACAACCAACCAGAAUGGCCCUACAUGCUGCUGGGCUCACUGGGAGCUGCUAUCAAUGGCUCUGUCAACCCCAUCUAUGCUAUCCUGUUCAGCCAAAUUCUUGGGACUUUUGCCAUUGGUGAUGUGAACGAACAGAGGGAGCAGAUCAAUGGGAUAUGUGUUCUAUUUUGCAUUGUGGCUGUGACAAGUUUCUUUUCCCAGUUUUUACAGGGAUAUGCUUUUGCUAAAUCUGGGGAGCUGCUGACCCGCCGUCUAAGGAAAGUUGGCUUCCAGGCCAUGCUGAAACAGGAGAUUGGCUGGUUUGAUGACCCCAGAAACAGCCCUGGAGCGCUGACCACCAGAUUAGCCACAGACGCAUCCAUGGUGCAGGGAGCAACAGGAUCCCAGAUUGGCAUGAUCGUUAACUCGUUAACCAACAUUGGAGCGGCUUUCAUCGUUGCUUUCUACUUCAGCUGGAAAUUAACUUUGGUCAUUUUGUGCUUCCUGCCACUGAUCGGGCUGUCUGGGAUGAUCCAAGCCAAAAUGCUAACAGGUUUUGAAAAUCAAAACAAAAAAGCCAUGGAAGCAGCUGGUCAGGUAUCCAGUGAAGCUCUUGCCAAUAUCAGGACAAUUGCAGGCUUGGCCAAAGAGAGCUCAUUUGUGGAAUCAUACGAGCAGAAACUUGAGGUCCCGUAUAAAUCUGCCAAGAAGAGAGCCAUCAUCUAUGGGCUCUGUUUUGGUUUUGCCCAGUGUGUCAUCUUCAUGGCAUACGCUGCUUCGUUUACAUAUGGAGGCUAUCUGGUUAACAAUGAGGGAUUACAGUAUAUGUUGGUUUUCAGAGUGAUUUCAGCUGUAGUAAUCAGUGGGACGGCACUGGGUAGAGCUUCCUCCUUCACUCCAGAUUACGCUAAAGCCAAAACUGCUGCUGCUCAGUUUUUCAAACUGUUGGACCGAGUUCCUAAAAUAAGCAUGAGCCACACAGAUGGAGAAAAAUGGGAUAACUUCAAAGGUAAAAUAGAGUUCCUCCACUGCAAGUUCACCUAUCCAACUCGGCCAGAUAUCCAGGUGUUGAAUGACCUGGUUGUGUCUGUGAAGCCUGGUCAGACUUUGGCGUUUGUUGGGACCAGUGGCUGUGGGAAAAGCACCAGUGUUCAACUGCUUGAAAGGUUCUAUGACCCCGAUGAGGGUCAAGUGUUGAUUGAUGGCCGCCCCUCUCAUACAGUCAGUGUACCCUUCCUAAGAUCUCAGAUUGGCAUAGUGUCCCAGGAGCCGGUGUUGUUCGACUGCAGCAUAGCGGAGAAUAUUCAGUAUGGAGAUAACACGUGCAGUGUCAGCAUGGAAGAGGUUAUUGAGUCUGCCAAGAAGGCCUACCUUCAUGACUUUGUGAUGACUUUACCCGAUAAAUACGAGACUCAAGUCGGUGCCCAGGGCUCCCAGCUGUCAAGAGGACAAAAACAACGCAUCGCCAUUGCCCGAGCCAUCGUCAGAAACCCCAAGAUCCUGUUACUGGAUGAAGCUACCUCUGCCCUGGACACAGAGAGUGAAAAAACAGUCCAGUCUGCUCUGGAUGAGGCUAGAAAAGGCCGAACCUGCAUCGUCAUUGCUCACCGGCUGUCGACCAUCCAGACUGCUGACAUCAUAGCAGUCAUGUCUCGUGGAACUGUCAUUGAACAAGGCACACAUGAUGAGCUCAUGGCCAAGAAAGGGGCUUAUCACAAACUUGUCACAACAGGUGCUCCUGUCAGCUAGGCCCCUGCAGGCUGCAUAUAAUAAGAACUUAUUUUGCAUGUGCCUUAUUGAACAUCUGUAUGAAUGGUUUUAUGGUAUUACACUGAGCAAGUUUUUGAUGAUGAACUGACAUUAGAUUAACGCAAAGCCCUCAGAGAGAAGCAUCUUCUCUUGAUCAUCUGGUUUGAAAAAUCAGUUUUAGUAAUCACUGAUUAUGGGAAGAUGAAACUAUUUAUUGUAUAUUUAUUUGUUUAUCAUUAGUUUCUUUGUAUAGCUCAUGUUUGCAUUGCUGGUCUACAUGUGGGGCACCAGCACACCAAAAGUCAUAAUGCAUCCAUAAUGAAACAGUUCUGAACCCUGUUUAAGCUUAAAAUACUUUUAUUAACCAGUACUGUAUGGUAUGAUGCAUAAUACACAUCUACACAUCUGUCACGAAAACACUCAUGGGCAGGUAGAGAAACUACUGUUCUACCAUGUAGGGUACCUUAUAUGGCACUGCAUUGCGUGUUUGCCACUUUUACCACUUUAGAGCAUCACGCAUUAAUUUUUUGCACUUUUUCCUUUUCUGCAUCCAUUAAUGCACUACACCAUGUUUUUUCCAGGGGCACUUGCGAGAUCACUCACAUUUUCUAGAGCACCGGGCCACCAGAGAGGGCAUUUGUUUUCUUUUUAUCAAAAGAAGAAUCUCUAACUGGAAAAAAAAACUCACCAAUGCUGAUUUAAUGACAGGAUGUUGAAUUUAAAUGGUUAUACUCUUUUAUGCCUGGAUAUGACCACCUAAUAAGUCCUAAAUGUAAAAUUUACAAAGAAAGAGUGAAAGUAAUGUAAAAGAAUUGCAUCCUAAGCUAAACUCAGUGUUCUACAAAGAAUGUAAUUAAAAUGUAUUUGCUCUCAGA